ACGCCUCCACUGGGAGCGACUUGGGGCUCGGCGCCGUGGCAACGGACACACACGCUGGACAUGUGGAGCCAGAGGAGCUGGGAUGGAGCUGUCAGGCCUGUAAACAACCAGCUGGAGGGCUCCAUGACCUGAAGCACUACACACCGUGUACCCAGCAUCAGAUGCCAGGCGAAGGUUGGCACUUGAAGCACAUGGCUGGCGGCUGCUGCAGCUAUUUAACAAGUGACCAGCAGGAAACACACGCCCUGAAUAGAACCAGCCUUCACUCACUGCGUUUAUACACUUACACUACACUUACUGGUUACUGCUGUGGAAUCAUCUGAAGUGAUGCUUCAUUAACAGGGUGACAGAAGGUGUCUUAUCAACUAAACUGACCCAACUGCUUAAAUUAAGGAUUGAUAUUUUAUUCAGAGGCCACUUGUAUGAGAUAUGUCUCUGAUGCUUGUCUGGUGAAGUCGUCCUGCAUCAAAGCAGUGGCUGCUGUCCAUGACAACAAGGGCUAAACAAUAACAGUAGGCCUGUUCCCUCCCCCCAACCAGACAAGGCAGGUGACCCCCCAUUCUCAUCCUGGGGUUGGGUAGGAUUUCUAUUAAACGUUAUAUUGUAUGGUUAUAUGUACAGUAUGUGUAACGUUCCAUAGGCUGAUCCUGGUCCCCUCGAGGCCAGUCAUCCCCUCUACUCUCUAAUACGUCUGCAUGUCCCGACUCCACGCCCAAGCACAUGCACGACCCCCAACAGUGGCUGCCAUGGCCCAACCCUCCACAUAACUCCCUCUGGUAUGACAGGCGGGCAGCACCGCCUCCCCCGAAACAGAGAGGGACAGUGAGGAAGGAGAAAGUGUGUGGGAGUGGGAGAGCGGCAGACCUGGAGGAUCAUCCAUGAGCAUUCAGGAGGAGAGCCCGAGUUUGAGCCGAUCCAGCUGGAACGGGAACUUCAGAGCAAAGUGCUGGUGGGGACAGGGAUCUGACUGGAUGUCGUUCAGGAUGAGACGCUCUGUCUGAGAGACGCCGAGCGGCCGCCGGAUCCGCGCUCCCCUCCGUCCCCCGCUCCGCCCCGCCAUGGACCCAGCGGGGGGUCCCUACCUGAACACCAAGGCCCUGUGCUCCCCGCUGGGCGCCGCCCGCCUCGCCCAGCUGGCCGCGGGCUGCGCGGCGAUCGCCCUGGUGACGCACGGCGCCGGCGCCGCCGGCCCGCACGGCGCCUUCUGCAUGGCGGCGUGGUGCUUCUGCUUCGCCAUGUCGGCGCUGCUCUUCUUCCUGGACGCCACGCGGCUGCACAGCUGCCUCCCCGUGUCCUGGGACAACCUGACGGUCACGUGCGCGGCCCUCGCCACCCUGCUGUACGUGACGGCCUCCGUGCUCUACCCGCUCUUCUUCGUCCAGGCAGAGUGCCCCUACGCCGGCUGCCAGGUCCGGAACUUCCGCAUCGCGGUCAGCGCCUGCUCCGUCUUGGGCACCGUGGCCUACGGGGUGGAGGUGGGCCUGUGCCGGGCCCGGCCGGGCCAGGCCGUGGUGGGCUACAUGGCCACGGCCUCCGGCCUGCUCAAGGUGGUGCAGGGCUUCGUGGCCUGCAUCAUCUUCGGGGCCCUGGCCAACGGCAGCGAGUUCUCGCGCCACGGCGCCACCGUGUACUGCGCGGCCGUGUACGGGUUCUGCUUCGCCCUCACCGCCGCGCUGGUGGCCACGACCAUGUGCGGCCGCACCAAGGCCGUGCGCUGCAUGCCCUUCGAGCGCCUGGUGGUGGUGUGCACCCUGCUGGAGGCGCUGCUGUACCUGAGCGCGUCCGUGGUGUGGCCCGUGUUCUGCUUCGACCCCAAAUACGGCUCCCCGUGGAGAGACUCCUCGUGCGGGUGGGGCAAGUGUCCGUGGGACAGUAAGGUCGCGGUGGCCGCGCUCUCCUUCCUGAACCUCGCACUGUACGCGGCAGAUCUCAUCUACUCCCAGAGGCUGCGCUUCAGCUCCUCGCGGGUCCUGCCCUGAAGGAACCCAGUCUGGCAUCCGGCAUUUGUUAGAUUUAUCUGGAUUAUGUGUCACAAACAAUGGGAGGGGGAGGUGUGUUACGGAGCCAGGUCAUCACUGGUGCUGCAAUAUCAACUAACAGAGACAGAGUCAGUCUGUAAACUCAGUGGAAUCUGAUCUAUGAUCUGACAACUGUCCACUGAUUGACUUCCCUCCAUGCGACCCCUCUGACCUGUGAGAGAUUUAGAGGGUCAGUCACCUUCAUCCAAGCAGCCAGAGUCUGGAACUGUAUGUCCUGCCCAGUCCUUAAAUAACAAGACACUGCCACUGUCUCCCACUCGCUCACACACACACACACACGCACGCACGCACGCACGCACGCACGCACGCACGCACGCACGCACGCACGCACGCACACACACACACACACACACACACCACUUGAACCUGUGUUCAAAUAAUGCAUGGGAAUCCGGAAUAUAUAAAUAGCGAAUAUGACGCUGGCAUCUGUGGCGUCCCAGACAUGUGCAAACUCAACACCAGCGGUCGACAGACUUCACCAAGGCGGCCAAAAAUAAAUACUGACACUCGUGAGACAGACUGAAGUGGUGAGACAGCAUUUGCAGCAGGUUGGUGUCUUGGUGCCUUUAUAAAAAUCCCUCCUUCAGUCUGUAAUAAAAAGAAUCUCCUUUUAGAAACCAGACAUUGAUUCACCUGGGACCCAGGAAACAAACGAACACUGGCUGAACUGAUCGUCAACUGGAAACUGGACUCAUCCACUGACAUGAAGCUGCUAUGAACAAUCGUUUCACCUAAUCUGUGGAUGAAUGACUUUUCCUAGUGUGAGAUUAGGGAUCAUCUCAUUCUGCAGCUCCUCUGUUGGAGCACGUCGUUGAAGCUUCACUGCUCUGAUUCAGCCUCAUAUCAAAGUGAAGCCGCUUCGACUGAGGACGCUCUAAUAAUCCACCUGCUCAGGAGACACUGGUCCCAGACGACUGUGGAGACCAAAAUAACAGGGAGCCACGUGACUUCAAAGAUGUUAGAAUGGAAUGUAAUAUGUUGUAUUAGCUCGUGCCUUCUCAGAGGACUGUGAAUCAUGUAAUGGGGUUUAAUAAAGCCAUAAAAAGA